AUGGCUCAGUCACGCCGCCCAGCUUCACUGUUAAGGCCCGCCAUUGAGCCGCUGGGAGGGCCUGACCUGGCUGAACGGGCAGCUGAGGUGGAUGUGCGGGCGGCCUUGGAUGUGCUUACAUGGGGGGAGCCUGUAGAAAGGGAGGAGAGCAGUGGUUGGUGGGCGUGGGGAGGGAGGAGGGGAAGAGAAAGGGGGAAAGGGAGAAGAGAGCGAGGAGGAGGAGAGGGAGGCAGGGGAGGGGAGGAUGGGGGAUCAGGGGGGAUGGGUAUUGGACUUGGGGGUCAUGCUGGCACAACCAUAUGGGGAGUCAUGAUCGAUGCAGCCAAUGAGACCAUGCCACGUGUCUGUGCUCCAGAGGCUGGCGUGCUUGCUUACAGGACCAGAAGUGUUGCUGAUGAAGGAUUUCUUUUUGAGAGGACCAGGAUUAACUCGUUUGACCAGGCCAGACUUCCAGGAACUGGGCAGGGUGGGCAGGGAAGGAAAUGGGAUGAUGCUUUUCCAACUCCUGGGCUAUGGGACGAUCUGCCAGGCCAGUCAGUAGCUGCCUUGCUGGCAGCAUGGGCAGUUGACAAGUGGACUGCCACGUCAGCAUUUAAUUGCCAGCUCAUCGCCAGGAUGGACAAAGAGGGAGAUGCUCUGGCCGUUGGCGCAAUGGCGCCUGAACAAAUGGUGAGGUUCCACGUGGCACGCGCGAUUGGGAGGGUUGCAAGGGAGCAGGAGAUGUGCUUAUUUGGAGGGAAAGGCGAUGAGAACGAUGAGAAGGGCGACGGUGUGUUAAGCAGGGUGGGCGCACGAGUGGCAGGGUGGAGGGAUGCUGUGGUGGUGGGGUCUCAGAAAAUCGUGGGUGGAGGGAGGGAGAUGGAGGAGAGGUCAGGAAGUGAAGGUGGGACGAUGGAACAAGGGAGAACCAAGGGAGAAGGAAUGGCAGCUGGGGCGGGAGGAAAAGGGCCAGGAGGAACAGGGGCAGCAGCAGCAAGUCUGUUUGUGAGGCCAGCAGCCAUACGCAGCUGGUCUGGCGCGUUGCUCAACUCAGCAAGCCCUCCUUCAUCUGCCUUUCAGCAACGAAGCACUGAUGUCAUGGUUGCCGCGCUGCAUGCCCUGCGCACACUUGCAGACGUCAGCGAUGAUGUGGCCCGCAUCAGCGAUGACGUGGCCCGCAUCAGCGAUGACGUGGCCCGCAUCAGUGAUGUUGUGGCCCACAGGCGUGACUCUGACGUGCCGUCUGCACAAGCUGCUCCCCCAGGGGGUGUGCGAGCAGGGAAGAGUAAGGAGAGGAGGGGAACUGAGGGGGGCAGUGGUGUGGAGGAAUGGGAGGAGGCCGAGGAAGAGGAGGUGGUGAAUCUGGCUGUAGCGCAGGCUGUAGCAUCGCUUGUGCUGGGCCGGCGAGUGGCGUGGGGCCCGGUGCUGGUGAGAUGGGCGUGUGGGGUGAUGGGUGGUGGAGGGGAAUCAAACGCAGGAGCAGGAAAAAUUGGAGAAAGAGGAGUGGAAGAAAAGGGAGGAGCAGGGGGAGAUAAAGGAGGAGCAGCAGCAGCAGGAGAGAGAGGUGCAGGAGGUGCAGAAGCAGCAGGGUUGCUAGGCAAAAGAAGAGGGCCGGCUAGGAGCUUCUUGGAGUCGAAUUUGGUGCCCUCUGCUGCCGUUGCUGCGACUGCAGCAGCUGGACAGGCUGUUCUCGUGGAGGUGCUAUCUGCUGCUGUUCACAUGGCACAUGAUGUCUCUUUCUCUUCGCAUUCUUCUGCUGCUGCUAUGGAUGCGCAUGGGGCUGAUGUGGCAUCGGGGGGAAAGGACAGGGGGGAGAAGUUGGAGCGAGGAAUGGUAGUUGUAGAGAAGGAGAAAGAGAAAGGCCUGAGAGGGACGGCAGGGCGGAGGAACAGGCGGGUGGGGAGAAGAGCUGAAAUAGUAGGGGGGCAGGCUGAUGGAGCAGUGGAAGGGAGGCAGGCAGGAGUGGAUGCAGAACAGGGGAAAGUGGAAAGGUACGAAGCUGGUAAGGAAAUGACAGAUGUGGCGGUGGGAGUAGGCCUGCUGUGGCUCUCUGAAAUGCUCAUGUGUGCUGUCCGGGAUGGGGAGGCAGCGAGGCUGGCAGUGAAAACUGGACGGGCGGGAGGGGGCUCAGGGGAAGUAGGGGGUGUGGGCAGGAAGGGAGAGGCAAGGAGGCAGGGAGUAAGCACGGAGAGUGUGGGGAUGACAGUAGCGACUAUGAAGUACCUUGAGUCGUUGUGGAGAGGAGGGAAGGGAGCAGAGGCGGGAGGGUCUUCAGCCUCACCUGCAGAUCAGCCCGGUAGGGUUCAUCCUGCUGGGAAAGCUCCAGAAAGCCAAGCAUUGCUGGGGGAAGUGGCAGCAUCUAACAAGGGUUUGCAUGGGGGGACAGCUGGGGCGAGUGCAAGUGGGAGUGCAGGAGACAAGUCAUGGUGGUCAUAUGUGAACCCGUGGAGUGGCUCGGGCGUGGCUGGGGCAGGGGGACAGGCAGCGGGGGCAGGCACAGGGCAGGCCCCGGGGGGGCGGGGAGAGCAGAGGAGUGGGGCAGUGAGCGGGACGGUGACUGGAGAGGUGAGAGGGGAGGUGAGAGGUGCACUGGGAGGGGCGUUGAGUGAGAAGCACCGCGCUGUGAGGGACGAGGCUCUCAGGUCCGCCAGCACUGCUGUUGUUCGCCUGGGGGAGGCGCUUGGGAGCGAGGCGUGGGGAUGGGGGAAAGCGGGUGGUGGAAGGGGCGGAGUGGGGGAAAGGAAGAGCGGAACGGGUCAAGUGAAUGGCGGUUUGGGGUCUGGGAAGGGGGAAGGCAGCAGAGUGCGUUCAGAGGGGCGAGAGGUAGAGGGGUCAGUGCGAGUAGGUGUGGAGAAAGGGGGUUUGGGAGAAACGGGAGGAGAGGACUCUGUACCGGUAGUAAUCGAUGCAGGGCUGGUAGCUACUAACGAGGAUAAACCUUCAGCCAGUGAUGAGCCUCCACGUGUGAAUGUUGUGGAGGCUCUGGAUGCGGCUGCAGCUGCGGUGAAAGCGCUUGCUGAGCUGGCGAGCGAGGAUUGGGAGAUGCAGGAGCAGCUGGUGGCAGGUGGAGGGGUGGAGCUGAUGCGGCGGCUGCUAAUUGGUAGGGAGUACUGGGAGUGGGUGAGAGGGGAAGGGGAGGUAAGGUGUGGGGAUGAGAAUGGGGCUACGGGGGGUAUUGAUGCCGGGGAGGGUCGGAGCCAAAUGGAUGGCAGAAACUAUCACAGCAGCAGUCGUCAGCACAGCACCGAUCGAAACAAAGGCAGCAGCAAUAAAAGUGCUGGUGGCGAGAGUAGCAGUGGUGCGAGUGUUGGGGGCUCCCGUUCAACAACUUCUCAAUCAGUCCGUGCUACGUCAGCAGCUGCGACAGCUGGAGCCACAGCAGUGGUUCCUGCUCGUACUGCAGUAGCACCUCCUGCUGAUGCUGCAGGAGAGGAGGGGUUGGAAGCGGCCAGGGGGACAGCUUCUGUUGCUGCAAGCCAUACUGCCACGUCAGCCCCAGGCUGUCAGGAUGAGUGUGACGUGGCGGUGCCAGGCUGGCAGAAGCCAGGGAAGCGAUUCACGCCAAGGUAUGACGACGGCAUCUUCUUUGUCAACCCCACCAGUCCCUGGCUCCAAGCACACUCCCUCCCUUCCCCCCUCUCCUCUUGCUCCCCUUCCUCUUCCUCUUCACCUUCCUCCUCCUCCUCCUCCUCCUCCUCUGUCGCCUCCUCUGCGUCCGCCCCCGCCCGCUCCUCUGUGAGCAUGCCCCCUGCGCCUCUACUGGAUGUGGUGUUUGUGCACGGGCUGAGGGGCGGACCCUUCAAGUCGUGGCGCAGGGGAGAGGCAGUGCCUGCUGUAGCGCCGCCUCCUGGACCAGCUGUGGCUCCUGUUGCGAAGCUGCCUGCAGUAGGGACGCCUGUAACGGGGGCGUCUGUAGCAAAAGCGCCUGUAGUUUUGGGCCCUGUUGAGGAGCGAAGGAUAGAGGGCGUGGUAGGAGAAGGGAUGCGAGAGAGUGGGGUUGCGAGAGUGAGUGAGGUGGUGGGUGAGAAUGAGAGAGGGGGUGAGAGUGUGGGGCAGGGUAGGGCAGGAGUAAUGAGUGGGGAUAUUAGGAGGGAGGCUGUGAGGCGAGGUGGGGAAAGGGAUGGAGGGAAGGAGGAAGGGGAGAGCGUGGGGGAUACGGAGGAGGGAAUACAUGCCAGAGGGGAGAGCGUGGGUGAGGUGGAGCCGUCAAAGUUGUUGGAGGCGACACUGAAGGAGGAGGAAGAGGGUGGCAAGAAGGGGUCGUGCUGGCCCUGUGACUGGCUCGCUAGGGACCUGCCUGAUGCGCGAAUCCUCACCACCAAAUACAGGACGAACCUAUCGGAGUGGGCAGGGGCAACCCUUCCAUUACAGGACAUCAGCAUUCUGCUACUGCACAAGCUGGUGGCGGCGGGGGUGGGCGAGCGGCCAGUGGUGUUUGUGACGCACAGCAUGGGCGGGCUCAUUGUGAAGCAGAUGCUCGCUCUUGCGCGUGCCAGCGACAUACCAGAGAUUCGAGCCCUCGCCGACAGCACAGCAGGCAUUGUAUUCUAUUCCGUGCCGCACUUUGGCAGCAGGAUUGCAGACUACUCCUGGAGAGCCCGAGCUGUGCUGCGGCCCGCACCUUCGGCGGACUGUCUGCGCAUGUCGUCGCCCCAUGUGGAGGGUCUCAACACCAUGCUGAGGCACAUGCACAAGCAGGGCAAGAUCCAAGUGCUCUCCUUUGCUGAGACGAAGGUCACGCCUCUGGUGAAGACUUACGGUGGGCUGACGCUACGACUGGAGGUGGUUCCACUGGAGUCGGCCUACCCGGGAUUCGGGGAGUUUGUGGUGUUGGAUGGGACUGACCACAUCAAUGCUUGCAAGCCAGUCAACACUUCUGACCCCGCUUAUGCCAAUACACUACAUUUCCUUCUCAAGCUUCGAGAUGCCACUCAAAAGAACAUGGUAGAAGAAAAUAGGAGGGCGUAG